CAUAUCAUAAUUAUCGUACCGGUCAUUGUCAUGAAUGUUUAACAAAAUGUCCAUCAGGUGCAAUUAUGUUACGUCCAUGUAAUCGUACACAUAAUAUGGAAUGUGUUUGUACACAAGGAUGGUAUAUGUCAAUAUUGGAUGGUACAUGUAAACCAUGUUCCGAAUGUCCAUCUGGUUAUGGUGUAUGGCGUACAUGUAGGUGGUCUCGUAACACUGUUUGUCGACAAUGUCAACCGGGAACAUUUUCCGGCGUUUCAGUUGGCACGCUUGGUUGCAUACCAUGCUCCAAGUGUGGUCCUAAUCAAGAAAUGAUUUCCGGAUGUGAUGGUAACCGUGAUACAGUCUGUAUUGAUCGAUCAGCUUUGAUGGAUUCAUAUUUGAAUACGAUUGAUGAUGGACAACAACCAUCCGAAAAUGAUGAUUCAAUCAUAUUCAAUUCGAAUAAUGGUAAUAAUCCUAUAGUUGGUUCAUCAUCAUUAUCUUCAUCAUCAUCAUCGUCUACAUCAAAUUUGGAUCGAAUUCGAAAUCAUACGAAUGGUGUACAUCUUUUACCAUUAUAUAUUUCAAUGUUGGUGGUCAUUGUUUUUACAUUCUGUAUCUAUGCAUUGAUACAAUUGAAAUGUAAUAAUUCACUUAUGUUACGUGUUGAUCAUCAACGAGUAACCGAUUCUUCAAGUUUACAUAUGCAUAAUCAUCAAACAAAACUUUUGCCACCUCAUCCACCUCCUUAUAAUGCCAACAAUGCUAUGCCUCUAUUUUCAUCAGCAUUGAAUAGAAAAGAAUCAUUACAAAGAAAAUUCCAUAAUAAUACUAAUAAUAAUAAUAAUCGUUCGACACCAUUAACAACUAAUCAUUAUGGACAAAAAACCUAUAAUGAACUAUUAAUUGGUCCAACUAGUCCUACAUCAACAACAUCCACAUCGAUUCAAUCGGUUCCAUUGAUCAGCGAUGAUGUUGAACAUUUAACUAUUGAAAUUCGUCAAGCAUUGGAAAAUAUGCUUGGAAAAGAUACAAUGAUUUGGCGUUCGUUAGCCAAAGAAUUAGGAUAUGAUGAAAAACAUAUCGUACAAUUCGAAGCCAAAGCAACGACUAUCACCAAUGGUUUAACAGUAGUCGAUACAUUCAAAGCUAUUCGUUUAUUAUUAUUGGAUUGGUCAUCUCAGAUGACUACAUCACCCGAUGAUCAUCAUCAUCAGCAACAACAACAACAAUCAACGGAAACUGGAAAUUCUGGUCCACCUUCAUUAGCUACAUUGAGCAAUGCUUUGAUAAGAAUAGGCCGUGUUGAUUGCGCUCGAGUUAUUGUCCGACAGAAUUAUCAACAACAACAAAGAUAAUAACAAACAAACAGAAGAAUCGCACAUCAACAUCAAGGCAAUAAAACUUUU